AACAUAAAUACAUAAAUUACGUGCAAAGUACCAAUGAAAUAAGUGUUUUGUCGUGUGAAAAGUGAAUAAAAAUACAGUUUCGCUAGAUAAAAGAAUCAAAAUAUUUAUCUUCGUUUUCAGCAAUUAAAAAAAUAAUAAAAAGUUUACAAUGGGAAGAGGCGGUAAAAAAAAGGGAAAGAAGGAAUCCACACCAGUGGAAGAGACUGCCAGUGCAUUGGAGUCAUUAAAUGUCACUGAAACUCCUUCAACAUCACAAGGUCAAUCUGUUGCUGACGUUGAAAAAGAAUACACUGGUUUAACAAGUGGUGGGACAAAACAAAGAGAGAAAAAAGAGAAAGAACCUCAGAAAAAAGAGAAAGAACCUCUUAGUCAACCAGUUGUAACACCUUCCGUUACAGUUAAAACUGUUUCCACUCCCAGUGUAGUGGAAGUGCAACCAAAAAAAGAGCAAAAGGAGGAAGAAGAGGAAGAAGAUGGGCUUGGGCUAGGUGUAUCGAAAAGAAGACCAAGGAAAAGGGGAAAGAAACAAACUGCCCCAACUUCUUCUGAACUUCCUGUCCAACCUGUACAAACACAACCUGUUGCGGUGCCACCUGUUCAAGCACAACCUGUUCAAGCACAUUCUGUUCAGGCACGCCCUGUUCAAGCACAUGUUCAAGCACAACCUGUUCAGGCACACCCUGUUCAAGUUCCGCCUUCUCAAAGGUCAGCAUGGCAAACUCAACAGCCACAUGCUGUGCCUCCUGCAUCAAGUGUGAAAACAGAAUUUGUAGGUGGUGAACAGCCGUUUCAGGCUUCAGCUCCUCCUCCAGGCUUUUCUCAGCCUAGACCUGGUUCAAGUCAAAAUGUUGCCCAAGGUGCUGGCCGAGGUAGAGGGAGAGGGCACCCACAAAGAACUGGCGAUGUGCCAUUUGAUCAACGUCCCAGAUCAUCCCAAGUUCCAUCUAGUUUUCCACAGCCAGUUCCUUCAAGCUCAUCUUCAUUGCCCCCGACGUCGGUUAUGCCUGUUCGACCUGGACCAGCUUCAACAGCACAGAGUCAAGCUAUCGCUACAUAUGCUCCCACAGCUGGUGGUGGAGAUACACUUUGUCGUUAUAAAAUACCUAAAAAAAUUUUGGGGAACACAGUGCCUAUAAGAGCAAUACAAGUGAUCACUAAUUACUUACAGAUGGCUAUACAACCAUUGAAAAUAUAUCGAUAUGAUGUCUCAAUCAAACCCGAUCGACCCAAGAAGGCACUACCGAAAGCGUAUGCAAUUUCUAAAAGCAGGCACUUUAAAAAUGCUGUUAUUGCAUUUGAUCAAAUGAAAAAUUGUUACACUGUAGAAAAAUUGCCGAAUGUUACUGAAUAUGAUCGCUUCAUUACUAAUGUGGAGUUUGUAGACAAUAAUGGUAAAACAAUGAGUUUUGAAGUAUCUUACAAAUUCACGGGUAUUGUUGAUUUGGGAACACUGAAUACCUAUAUGCAAAGUGGCGGCACUUCCCUUAGUCCACCAACUGAGGCGAUACAAUGCAUAGAUGUUAUACUAAGACAGGGUACAUUGGAAUCAUAUGUUAAGGCCGGCCGACAAUUUUUCCAGCGACCCUCUAGACCCAUCGACCUUGGCGAUGGUUUGGAAAUGUGGACUGGUCUUUUCCAAUCCGCAAUAUUUACAUCUAUGCCCUUCGUGAAUAUUGAUGUUGCUCACAAGGGGUUCCCUAGGCAACAGCCCUUGAUUGAAGCUUUGAAACGUGACUUCAGAUUGGAUCCAGUAAAACCCGUAGAGGUACAAAGAGGCCGUGCCAAUGAGAGCUUCCAAUCUUUCCUCAAAGGCCUGCGAGUGGUGGCAACGGUCGGAGGUGAUAAGACUAAUACUGGUCAAAAGCGUGAAUUUAUUGUCAAUGGUCUCGUUGGAUCUGCGACUAGGGAACGUUUCACAUACGAAGAUCCAAAGACAGGAGCCAAACAGUCCAUGACUGUGGCUGAGUACUUCAUCCGCAUCAAAGGCGCGAGGCUCCAGUAUCCCGAUCAAAACUGUGUUUGGGUUGGACCUCGCGAGAAAACUAUUUACUAUCCAAUGGAACUUCUCGAAGUGGCUUAUGGUCAGGCACAAAAUAAGCAACUAAAUGAGAGGCAACUAUCGACAAUGGUCAGGCAAGCGGCCACACCUCCAGAUGAUCGCAAACGAAAAAUAGAAGAGGUUAUAAGAAACAUGAAUUAUUCGAGAAAUCCAACGUUUGCGAAAUUUGGCUUGAAAAUUUCAAACGAGUUUUAUCCCGUCAAUGCCAAAAUAUUAAAGCCUCCGACGUUGGAAGUUGGCCGAGGCCAGACACUUGAACCCAGAAAAGGUGCAUGGCAAGCCAAUCAGGUGUAUCGUCCCGAGGCUUUGCAGUCUUGGGGCUUCCUUGCAAUCGAAUGUGAUCCUAACUGCGACUUUAAUAGAGUUAUUGAUAUGAUGAUGAAAAUGGGCCGCCAAAUGGGCAUGAACGUGUCCCCCCCCGCAUUAACUCAUUACAAUGUCAACAUAAGGGACCUUCAGAACGUCUUGUUCUCGGCACUGGAGAAGAAUGUCAAAUUUUUAUUCAUUAUAGUUUCUGCUAGAGGACGUGAUUAUUAUCACAGAGUUAAACAAUUAGCUGAACGCGAUGUUGGAAUCCUCACCCAGUGUAUAAGAGAACAAACAGCUGCAACUAGAAUGAAUCCACAAACGGCUAAAAAUAUUCUACUAAAGGUGAAUUCAAAGUUGAUGGGCAUAAAUCAAGCGUUGGACGGUCGUUGCAUGCCAAAAUGUUUGAGAGAUGGGGGAGUUAUGGUGGUUGGCGCUGAUGUCACACAUCCCUCGCCUGAUCAGACCUCUAUACCGAGCAUCGCGGCUGUAACAGCUUCGAUCGAUCCCAAAUGUUUUAUGUAUAACAUCGAGCUUAGUAUUCAAACACCAAAGAAAGAGAUGAUUGUGGAAUUUGAAGAGAUGAUGGUUGAUCAUCUAAAGGUAUAUCGUCAACACCAGAAAGCUCUGCCAAAGAAGAUUUUCGUGUUCCGAGAUGGUGUCUCUGAAGGCCAAUUUGCACAAGUGAUGAACAGUGAACUGCAAGCUGUCCAUAACGCCUACAAAACUAUGGCUGGGCCGAAUGCUAAGCCGGAAGUGCUAUUUCUACUGGUACAGAAACGUCAUCAUACGAGAUUGUUCUUGCCAAAUAGUCCGGAUAACGUCGACCCGGGGACUGUAGUUGACACCAAUAUAGUUCACGCCAGUGAACUGGACUUCUAUCUGGUGUCACAUCAAGCUAUAAAAGGUACAGCGAGGCCGACACGUUAUCACGCUGUAUGCAACGACGGUUGUAUACCUCAUGAUGAAGUGGAACAGCUCACAUACUACUUAUGCCACUUGUAUUCCCGUUGCAUGAGAGCUGUAUCAUAUCCAACACCUACUUACUAUGCGCAUUUGGCGUGUUUGCGCGCUAGAUCGCUGACGCACGGUGAAAAAUUCGACAACAGCGCGUUAGAGCGUAACCCUAAACGUCUUCGUGUUAUGGACAAGAUCUUGCAGUAUAGUCGCAUGUUCUUUGUCUAAACGUAUAUUCAUAAUAUUAUAUACGAUCAGUGUUUGAUGUUUUCUUGUAUCUUAAAUUAUGUGUUAAAAUAUAUAUAAAAAAUUAUUCUGUCGAGAUAAUUGUAUUGCUUUUUUAUAACAUAUACACGGUGUAACAUUUAUAAAGAAUGGGAAAAUCUGUAACUAAAAGACACGAAAAUCUGUUCUUCAGAAUCAUAUUAUCGAUUUUAGUGUAAUUUAUGAAUGCACUUUUUCUUGUCAUUAAACUCGAUGAUGUGGUUCCUAAGAACGGAUAUUCUUAGCUAUACUAAUAUGAUAAAGAGGAAUCAUUUGAUUGUUUGUUUGUUUGCAACGAAUAGACUCCAAAACUACUGAACCGAUUUUAAAAAAUCUUUCAUCUAUGGGUAGCCACAUCGUAUGCGGUUCUAAAAUCUAGCUAAGUAUCGAUACUAGAACCAUAUGCUGAUCAAAUUAGAACUAUACCGAGUUUUCCAAAGCAUAUGCAGUGAUAUAUACCAACUAUAUUAAAUCAUCAUAUAAAAUAUAGCAUUUUAUAAUCAACAAUAAAUAUCGAUUAUAAGUUUAUUGGAAAUUAACAAUAUUGCCGAAAUAAAUAUCGAUUCAAAUCGAUUAUUUUUUCCCAAGCCUAUUCCUUAUGAAUUUUCCGGAUCUCGGACACAGUAGUGCACAAGCGUUAACACGUUUUUCAUUGCCGCCAUCACGGACCUGAAAAAACCGGUCCGGAACAGAGAAAAGUAAAAUUCCGGACGGUAAAAUUCCUGACAGUGCACAAGCGCGCAUUACCUACAUAUGGCCUGACAUAUCGGACCUGAAAAAAUCGGACCGCCGGACCUGAAAAUUCAGUGUAGGGCACAAGCGCCCUAACGGUGCGUCGUACUACCGUUUAUUUCGUCCUAGGUAUCUGCAUGCAAAUUUUUUGUCUUUGAUCUUCAAUAUCAUUUAUUUUUAAUAUUCACUUUUCGUAAUUUGAAAUUUUGAGUAAUCCAAUGCUCUAUAUGAAUAUCAGUUCGUGAAAUUUCAUCGAGUUAGAAACAUUAUACAUUCUUAAUUACAAUCAAUAGCCAUUUGUUGUAAAAAAGUAUUACAAUGUAUUUAUUAUUACCUGUUUCCGUUAUGUUCAUGAGUUCGAACUCAAGAAAAAUGUAUACUAUAUCAAAUCAAAAAAUAAUUCACCAGACCCGAAUUUUUCUAUUUAAUUAUUCAAACUUUUUAUAUUCCUUUUUUGGUUGUUACGGUUUUUUUUUGUUAACCCUUUAUUAAAUCAGGUACUCAA